ACGGCAGACGGGAGGAGUCAAAAACUCAAACAGGACGAACAGCGUCAGCUUCGCCUUUGUUUUCAGCCUUAAUCAAACAUGAUUUAUUGAAACGUUGCAAUCUAAGAAUGAGUGAAGAUGGAGGGCGGUGAAGGAGCAGAAGAAACCUCUUCAGGGAAGUCUAAGUCCCCCGUAAAGAGGAAUCGGAGGAGCCUGUCGGAGAAGGCCCGGAUCGCGAAGCGGGAGAGUGACAGACUGAGAGCCAAGAACCGGGUCAACAUCGGAUCGGCCCACGGGGUCUGGAAGAAGAUCCGGGACGAGCAUGGGUUCAGGACCGACGCUGAGAUGGCUUUCUUCCUUAUAAACAUUUAUCUUCAGAGCAAGUUACAGGAUCCGUCAGUCUCUCAGACUCUGAAGACCUCCUCAGCGGUCAGCUGUGACAGCGUGCACUAUGAAUACCAGGUCGCUAUGAGCUCACCGAGCGACGAUGAAGAGGAGAGCGGUGCUGCUUCAUCCGCUCAGUCAUCAGAGAACAUUUACAAGGAGUCUCAGAAAAGAGAGUCGGGUCAGAAGGAGAGCAGAGAUAUUCAAGACAACAGCGAUGAAGAAUCCAGCACGUCUUUAAUCGUAGGAGACGGGCUGCACCUGGUGGAUCUGAGCAGCUCGUCAGAGUUCGUCGUGGAUGAAGAGUGCAUCCUUCAGCUGUUCAAGUCGUGCCGCGAAUGCAACCGACACUGUCGAGUGAGGAAGCAGGUGAAGGGACUGCAGCUGGUGGUGAACCAGGCGUGCUGUUUCUGCGAGAGCCGCUGUAAGUGGACUAACCUGCCCGAUGACGGCCUCAGUGGUUUGCAGAUUAACGGAGAGGAAGCAACUCAAGGACAGACCAACUCGGCGCUGCUGCAGAGUUGAGACCACGGCAUCUCUAAAAGAGACUCUGCUGCGAUGACUAAACGAUGUCUGGUUUUCACCUGCGACUCUGGAUUCAGAGGACGGACUCUUGGUUUCUCUGAUGCUGGCCUGAGGAGCGGCGUUUGUCUGUUCACCUCGUGCUCACAGCAGGAGACUGAAAGAAGGAUUACUGCCAGAAGAGAGUGGAGAGACAAACACGAGCUCCGGUUGAGAGAUCCUCGUUACAGAAACACUGAACCUCCCUCUGAUCUGUCCACGGAAAACUUUACAGCUUUCUUUUAAGAGUUCAUCAUCCUCCUUAAUCUCUCUCAUCCUCAUGCCAACGUGCAGCUCUGCAGGAUUCUUAUCCAAGACCUCAUUUACACUCUGAUAACGUUCAUAUCUGAGUAAUGUGAAAUGUUUGUUCAUGCUGUCUGUGAGUGCACGACAGAUUCAUCAGCUUCUCUCCUGAUGAAACUACAAACACCAGAAACAGGUUUCAUGGUUUCAUGGUUUCAUGGUUUCAUGGUUUUAUAUGAGUCAGCCUGAACGGACCAGGCCAGGUAUUUGAACCUGAACCCUUCUGAACACCAGAGUAAAACCAGAAGGAUGAACGGUUUGAACGCAGACACUCUCAGAUCUUAAAGCUGGAGUAGUUUAUCUGGAGAACGCAGCCCGAGUCCCGCCCCCUCCUCUUUGACCUCGCUCCAAAGCCACGCCUCCAAAACACACAAAUGCACGUUUUGACGGAGUUAGCGGUGCAAAGACGGCUGUGUUACAUCGUUCGUGUUAUCUGUAUCCAAAGAGCUCAUGUCUCACUCUCAGGUGAGGAAAUGCCUCAAGUUACCUGAUGAACGUAAACAAACACGACACAAAGUUUUAAGCUAGCAGUCUCUCUCAGCUGUCCCCGACAUGCUCUCUAAUUUCUCCUCUUCUUUCAACGUCCUUCUGUCAGCUCCCGUCUUCCUCUCUUGUUGUUGUCCUGCCUUCAGUAGAAACAUCUGAUAGACUCUGGAUGCGUGCAGAGCAUGCACUAAUAGAAUACACGCAGGUAGCAGCUUGAUUGGCCGGUACGUCGUCCAAUCAUAUCACUCGGUCUGUAUGAAACGAUUGGACAGACACCGGGGUGUUGCUGGUACGACGUACAAUGACUGUUAAAGACUUUUGAACUGUUAUACGAUCAGUAGUUAACCUGCUCCAGCUUUAAGUGAUGCUACUGAAGUGAACUGAAUGUUUCCAACGUUGUAACGGGGCCCUAAGUUUGAGUAACGGUCACAGUGGAUCUGAAACCAGAGUGCAUAGAGUACUGGUUUCCCUCUGAGCAGGACGGAUCCUUCCUCCUGGAUGAAAACCUUGUUAAAUACGAGCGCACGGUUCAGAGGCAGCAGCCCAGACGUGCACUUCUUGACAUCCAAUCAGAGUUCUUCUCCUCAGCGUGUCGGUUCGUGUCUGAAGAAGAGCUUCAACAUCAAGAGAUCAAACGCAAGCAUCAAGAUUAACAUGUUAACGUGUGUUUUUAAUGUUUGCUUCUGUAGCAGGGAGACAAUCCUGCAGCCACACGAGGAGAGAGAGGAGGAGAGAGGAGGAGCUGUGUGUUAGUGAAGCAGAGGGACAGAGCUGGACGGUGAGCAGCUUUGGUGCGUAUUAAAAAAAAACUUAAAGUGGACUGAAGUCUGAUCUGGUGCUUCCUGAAACCACGUUAUGAGGAUACUCAUAACGCCCCCUCAGACGUGUGACUGUUGAUAUCAGCAGUGCAUCAAGGUUUUUACGGCUGCAGAUUUUGAAGGUUGAGCUCAUUUAACAGAAACAUUCAUGUAAAUAAGAUGAAACACUUUGAGUUUGUACUUCCUGUGACGGAGAGGAAACACUCGGUCCCACUGCACUCUGGAUCUGAGACCGUCUUCUGUUUUAUUAAACAUUUCUGGAUCAUGACGAA